AGAACGCUCACUAGCAUCCCGCAGCGUUUCCAACCCGUGACGCGAAGAUCGUCGUAUAUUGACCGCACGCGACACUCUUACGUCCUAGAUCUACACCGAGGUCCAAUGGCAGAGACAGACGUCUACGUUCUCAAGAUCACACAGUCCUGGCGAGGCAAGGACUCUACAGGCAAGGUGUUGCCACUGCACUGGGCCAUCACCGUCAAGACCGACGGCACGGAAGGGGACCCUACCGGCAAUAUCUACAAUGCCGCCGGCAAUAUCGACACGUUCUCGUACGAGGUCAUCCACGAUGUGCCACUCACCAACGCCAAUUGGCGCGGCGACCUACCUGUGGCCACCAUUAAUAAAGAAGAUCUCCCCAAGGUCGAAGAGAUCUUCGCGGAUGUCCCUACGGUGCGCCAUGACUACAAGUGGAAUUGCCAGAACUGGGUCUGGGCCGCUCUGCGAGAGCUGAGGUCGAACGGCUUCACUAUCAGGACCCUCACUUGGGAUAGCCUGAGGGCGAACAUGGAUGACCUGUUGGAGGCCUGGGAGAACGGCGACAUUUAGUCGACUGAGACCUAGCCUCUUGCCUGUUGAUGUGGCAUCCUAAUGCGCUCUGAAUCGCUAUGUGGACGGGACGAAU